AGUUGAAGGCUUUUGAAAUCCGGGUAAAUGGAAGCAAUUUUCUCUUCAACGACGGGAAGAGGGUACUGGAAUAAGGUUCGUGCUUCGGCAGAACCUUUGCUCCUGAGAGUAGUGGAGAAUCGCGAUCGGAUUCCGUCUUCACUGUCCAUCGCUCGUUCUAGCAAGUUUGUGCAGCUGUCACUUCACCCGAGGAAGAGUUCUCUCUUUAAGGUUUUAUCAGCUGAAAAGGAUCAAAUUCACGUUGUAGAGGGAAGGCUUCUUGGUGCUAAACCUGUGAGCUCCCAAAUUGACUAUUGCUACAUCAAGCUUCUGUUAACUGGUGUCCACCCAAAGGCUUUAUUACCCGCUGAUUUUGCUCAUUUCACUCCAAGCUCGGAAUGUCAAACAUCUAUUCCAAGUUGUGUUGAUGAGUUAUAUGAUGCAUUAGUUGCACGUCUUCUGCCUUUGGUGUUACUGUCAUCAAAUCCUAAUCACAAGCUUUUAGUUGGCCUGGCUGGUCCUCCAGGUGCUGGAAAGAGCACUCUAGCACACGAAGUAGCCAGACGCAUAAACAAAAUUUGGCUAGAGAAAGCUUCUUCCUUUGACUCUAAGGUGCAACCUCCAGAUAUUGCGAUUGUCCUUCCCAUGGAUGGUUUUCAUCUUUAUCGUUCUGAACUAGAUGCAAUGGAGAAUCCUGAGGAAGCACACGCCAGAAGGGGAGCUCCCUGGACAUUCAAUUCAUUGCGGCUACUCACAUGUCUCAAGAAUCUAAGAAUUGAUGGAUCAGUUUAUGUACCAUCGUUUGACCAUGGUGUUGGGGACCCAGUGGAAGAUGAUAUCUUUGUGAACCUUCAGCACAAGGUUGUUAUUGUAGAAGGUAACUAUAUACUCUUGGAAGAUGGGGUAUGGAAGGAGAUAUCAUCUUUGUUUGACGAGAAAUGGUUUAUUGAUAUUGACAUUGACAAAGCUAUGCAGCGAGUUUUAAAGAGGCAUAUUUCAACUGGCAAACCUCCAGACAUUGCUAAACAACGGAUAGAGAACAACGACAGGCUCAAUGCAGAACUUAUAAUGAAGUCCAAGAAAAAUGCUGAUAUAGUUAUCAAGUCAGUUGAUUUCUGAGGAAUCUGUUUGCGCCAAGUCAAUCCUGAGGAGAGUAUUAUAACCUCAGAAGGGGAUGUCUUUAAUAAAAUAAUUUAUUUUCGUGAUUUUUCAGAGUCAAACAAACUGAUUUUUUUUUUUUAAUUAUUAUUAUACAACAAAUUUUAGUGCA